AGUCCUACUCUCCAACGCCGUCCCUCACUUUUCCUCUCACUCGCGGACCAGCUGGAGAUAUUUUGGCCCACUGGUGGAGCCGUAGCCACAGUUUCCGCCGGCGUCCGUGUCCAGGAAACCGUGAGUCCAAGACCCCGGGCUGAGGUCCGCGAUGUCGGAUAAGGACGCUGGCGAGGGCGGAGGCUCCUCGGAGGCCCGAGCGGCCGCUGUCUGCAACAUCGAGGCGCUGAUGCGCCGCAAGGAGGAGAUCGAGGCGCAGAUCAAGGCCUAUUACGACGUGCUGGAGAGCCAAAAAGGAGUUGGGAUGAAUGAACCUCUGGUGGACCGUGAGGGCUAUCCCCGGGCGGACGUGGAUCUCUACCAGGUCCGGACAGCAAGGCACAACAUCAUCUGUCUACAGAAUGAUCACAAGGCAGUGAUGAAGCAAGUGGAGGAGGCCUUGCACCAAUUGCAUGCUCGAGACAAGGAGAAGCAGGCUCGGGACAUGGCUGAGGCCCACAGAGAGGCCAUGAGUCAAAGGCUGGGUUCAACAGAGAACAGCACUGCUCCCCAGGCCUUUGCCAAAGUGAACAGUGUCAGUCCUGGAUCCCCAGCCAGUCUAGCGGGUCUGCAAGUGGAUGAUGAGAUUGUGGAGUUUGGCUCUGUGAACACCCAAAACUUCCAGUCACUUCAGAACAUUGGCAGUGUGGUGCAGCACAGCGAGGGGAAGCCCCUGAAUGUGACGGUGAUCCGUAGUGGGGGAAAACACCAGCUUAGGCUUGUUCCAACACGCUGGGCAGGAAAAGGACUGUUGGGCUGCAAUAUUAUUCCUCUGCAGAGAUGACUGUGCCUGGGGAACAGGAGCGGCGAAGCUUCUUCUACCUGGACUUGGGCCUGGUGGGGAUUUCCUGGUUCUCUUCAUGCCCUGACUGACAUAUAAGGAUCUGGAAGAGGGUAGCAGCCUAACCGUGCAAGCGGUGCAGUCCUGUGGCCUCCUGGUUUGACCUCUGGGUUGAGGCAUUAUUAAAAACAUGAUUGUGUUUAUUGUCUUUUGAAAACCAGGCCAUGGCUGUAUGGGGGAGUUCCCUGGAUUGUAGGACAGUGAGUGAGACUUAUCCUGGCAGGUGCUAAGAGGGCUUUAUUCUAUUCUUUUAAGUUGUUUUUUUGAGAGAGAGUCUCAUGUAGCCUGAGUAUUCCAGGAUGAGGAUCCUUGAUCCUUUUGCCUCUGUCUCCCAAAUACUGGGAUUGCGAGUGUGUCACCAUGCCUGGCUAGGAAUUUUCUUUGCUUGUUUCUUCCUUCCUUUCUUUCAUUUUGUAUAUUGCUUUUUUUUUCUUUGAGACAGGUCUCAUUAUGUAGUCCAGCUUGGCCUCAGGCUUAUAUAGCCCUCCUGCCCAGUGUCCCUAAGUAAUGGGACGUCAGGUAUGCAUCACCAUGCUUGUCUCCUUUUACACUUUUUUUUUUUCUUUUCAAAUAAACCCAAUUUUGCAGUGCUGAUAAGGCCAUGUUAUCCCAA